AUGGGGUUACCCUCUGAUGAUACUAACAUAAUGAAAUUGAUGCCUAUAAGCACCUGCUUCGCCGAUCCCAAGCCCGGUUGUGACGACGGCUGCGACAACGAUGGCAGUAACAACGGAGGUAAUAACGGAGGUAACAACGGAGGGAACAACGGAGGGGAUUGCGGUAACGGUAGCGGAGGGAGCGGAGGUAGCGGUGGUAGCGGUGGUAGCGGCGGUAGCGGUGGUAGCGGUAGCAGUCCCGGGGGCGCGACCGGCGGGACCUCGGGACUUUUGCCGGGAUUGGAAGUAGUUUUGAAGAACUUGCUCGGUUGA